AUAGCAGGAGUGACUGAGCGAUAGAAAUUUUAGUUUUUUUUAACCGCCUCUAGCUCUUGUCUUAUUCAGAACUUAUUCUGUCAAUCAGAAGCGAACGGGUCCUCAGAUAAAUUGUGUUCAAUUUAAAAACGAUUUAAUUUCCUCACAAUGGCCUACUCUUGGGACAACCGUGUCGACUUUAUUGUUCGAUAUAUGUACGAUAUCGACAAUAAUGGUUUUCUCGAUGAAAACGAUUUCCUCUGCAUGGCAGUUCGUGCAUGUGUUGUGGAAGGCAAGGGUGAUUGCAGUGCUUCCCGCUUAGAAGAAUACAAAAAACUUAUGAACAAUUUAUGGGAGGAAAUGUGCCAAAUUGCUGACGAUGAUAAGGAUGGAAAAAUUUCAACCGCAGAAUUUAAGGAAGGUGUCCGCAAGACUUGCGUUGGUAAGAAGUACACCGAAUUCCCCCAAGCUAUGAAAGCAUUUAUCGAAUCGAAUUUCCGAAUUCUCGAUAUUAACGGUGAUGGUAUAGUGGGAAUCGAAGAAUUUCGUUUCAAUUGCAUUACUCGCAUGGCAAUCGAUGAUGUGGCGCCGAUUGAUAAAGCUUUUAACGCUUUGUUGACCGAUGAGGAUAGAAAAGUGGGUGGCAUUAAUAUGGAUCGUUAUAAAGAACUUUACGGCCAGUUCCUAAGCAACACUGCCGAGAAUCAUCCCGCUGUUUACUUGUUUGGUCCUUUGUAAUCGGAUUUCUCUC